UAUAUCAGGGCUGCAGCUGUCUGAGAGCAACAAUAACAAGCGCUACUCCGCAGCCUGGACGCAGCUUUAACUGCACUGACAGCAACAAUUACCGUCGAAAUUCUCAAAAUGCAGCUUUUGAGUUAACUCUGCAGUUUGUGUCUUUGUCCUCCGAGCUGAACACCGGCUGUCGUUCACGCUGACGCCGCCGAACACAGACUCGGGCGCAGGGGAAGCUUUAAUUUGCGGCUGCAUCUGGGUCAGUGGGCCCGACGUUCACCGCACCAGAGGUUUGGUUAUCCCCGUGGACCUGUCAGCUGUUCGUACACGCACCAUAUCGCCGUUAUAAACCGUGGCAACAUGGAGGCUAACGGUGGAGGACAGGAUCGGGAUUCCGAGCUCUCCUGUCGAAACGGUACUCAGAAUGGUGAGUCGUCCUCCACCGUGGCCGCUCACUCCAACGGACUUAUCUCGGUAACUAACAAUGGCAACGCUGUCAGCAACAACAACGGUGUGGCAGCCCAGCCCGCCUCCAACAACAACAACAACAGCAGCGGCGCGGCGGAUGGCGGGUCGGGCGUCAAGAAGAAGAAGCGCCUGUCUCAGUCUGAGGAGGAUGUCAUCCGGCUCAUAGGACAACAUCUGAACGAUUUAGGUCUCAAUCAGACGGUGGACCUCCUGAUGCAGGAGUCUGGCUGCAGGCUGGAACAACCCUCUGCCACCAAGUUUCGCAAUCACGUCAUUGAAGGAGAGUGGGACAAGGCUGAGAGUGAUCUGAAUGAGCUGAAGGCACUGAUGCAUUCUCCCAGUGCUAUAGUGCGGAUGAAGUUCCUUCUCCUGCAGCAGAAAUAUCUGGAAUAUCUGGAGGACGGGAAGGUGCUGGAGGCCCUGCAGGUCCUCAGAGCCGAACUCACGCCGCUCAAAUAUAACACGGAGCGUAUCCACAUCCUGAGCGGGUACCUGAUGUGCAGUCAUGCAGAGGAUCUGCGAGCCAAAGCUGAGUGGGAGGGCAAAGGCACAGCAUCGCGAACCAAACUGCUGGACAAACUCCAGAGUGAGUCUGACUCACACGGUCACAUGUCAGUGAAACAGUUCCCCUGCUACACACAGCAGAUCCUCACAGAACACUGCAAUGAAGUCUGGUUCUGCAAGUUCUCCAAUGAUGGCACAAAACUGGCAACUGGCUCCAAAGACACCACAGUCAUCGUGUGGCAGGUCGACAUGGAAAUCCAGCAGCUGAAGUUGAUGAAGACUCUUGAAGGUCAUGCUUACGGUGUUUCCUACCUGGCAUGGAGCCCUGAUGAUGCUUAUCUGAUAGCCUGUGGCCCUGACGACUGCUCCGAGCUGUGGCUGUGGAACGUGCAGACGGGGGAGUUGCGAACAAAGAUGAGUCAGUCCCACGAGGAUAGCCUAACCAGUGUGGCCUGGAACCCAGAUGGCAAACGCUUUGUCACCGGCGGCCAGAGGGGCCAGUUCUACCAGUGUGACUUGGAUGGAAACCUCUUGGACUCCUGGGAGGGGGUUCGGGUGCAGUGCCUGUGGUGUCUCAGUGAUGGCCGCACAGUCCUCGCGUCUGACACCCACCAACGCAUCCGAGGAUACAAUUUUGAGGACCUGACAGACAGAAACAUAGUGCAGGAGGACCAUCCCAUUAUGUCUUUCACUGUUUCCAAAAAUGGAAGGUUAGCUCUGCUCAAUGUUGCUACUCAGGGAGUGCACCUUUGGGACCUGCAGGACCGGGUGCUGGUGAGGAAGUACCAAGGUGUCACCCAGGGUUUUUACACCAUCCAUUCCUGCUUCGGGGGGCACAAUGAAGACUUCAUUGCCAGUGGUAGUGAAGACCACAAAGUUUACAUCUGGCACCGGCGCAGUGAGCUGCCCAUCGCAGAGCUGACUGGUCACACACGCACAGUCAACUGUGUGAGCUGGAACCCCGUGGUGCCCGGCCUGCUGGCCAGCGCCUCAGAUGAUGGAACCAUCCGGAUCUGGGGACCUGCGCCCUUCCUGGAUGUCCAGGAUGCAGAGGGACUGAAUGGUAUGAAAGUGAAAAGAUUUUGAAAGGCUAAAGGUAAAGUUCAGUCUCGACCA